AUGGCGGCGGCUCGCGCCCGCCCGCCGCCACGGAGCCUCGCGCCGCCCGUCGCCGUGCUCCUCCUCCUCCUCCUCCUCCUGACCGGCGCUGCGGGAUCGACAUCAACGACGAGCCCCAUCAAGACGGUGGUGGUGCUGGUGAUGGAGAACCGGUCGUUCGACCACAUGCUGGGAUGGAUGAAGCGUCUCAACCCCGAGAUCGACGGCGUGACGGGUCGCGAGUGGAACCCGGCCAACACGUCGGACCCGUCGUCGGGGCGCGUCUACUUCGGCGACGGCGCGGCGUACGUGGACCCGGACCCGGGCCACUCGUUCCAGGAGAUCCGGCAGCAGAUCUUCGGCUCCGACGACGCGUCCGGCCCGCCCCGGAUGGACGGCUUCGUGCAGCAGUCGCGGUCCAUCGGCGGCGGCAACAUGACCGACGCCGUCAUGCACGGGUUCGCCCCCGACAGCGUCGCCGUCUACCGCGAGCUGGUGUCGCAGUUCGCCGUCUGCGACCGGUGGUUCGCGUCCGUGCCGUCGUCCACGCAGCCCAACCGGUUGUUCGUCCACUCCGGAACGUCCGGCGGCGCCACCAGCAACAACCCGACGCUGCUGGCGGAGGGGUACCCGCAGCGGACCAUCUUCGACAACCUCCACGACGCCGGGCUCUCCUUCGGCGUCUACUUCCAGGACGUGCCCGCGGUGCUCUUCUACAGGAACCUCCGCAAGCUCAAGUACCUGCUGGACUUCCACCCGCUCCGCCCUUCCUUCGCCGACCACGCCAGCCGUGGCGUGCUCCCCAACUACGCCGUCAUCGAGCAGCACUACCUGGACUCGAAGCUGGACCCGGCCAACGACGACCACCCGUCGCACGACGUGUACCAGGGCCAGAUGCUGGUCAAGUACGUCUACGAGACGCUGCGCGCGUCCCCGCAGUGGAACCAGACGCUGCUGGUCAUCACCUACGACGAGCACGGCGGGUUCUUCGACCACGUCCCCACGCCCGUCGCCGGCGUGCCCAGCCCCGACGGCAUCGUCGGCCCGCCGCCGUACAACUUCACCUUCGACCGCCUCGGCGUCCGCGUCCCGGCCAUCCUCGUCUCCCCCUGGAUCGAGAAGGGCACGGUCGUCCACGCGCCCCAGGGCCCGACGCCGACGUCGCAGUACGAGCACUCGUCCAUCCCGGCCACGGUGAAGAGGAUCUUCAACCUGCCGCAGGAUUUCCUGACGAAGCGGGACGCGUGGGCGGGGACCUUCGAGGGCGUGGCGCAGGGGAGGACCGAGCCCAGGACGGACUGCCCCGAGCAGCUGCCGACGCCGACGAGGAUCAGGCAGACGGAGGCCGACGAGGAGGCCAAGCUCAGCGAGUUCCAGCAGGAGAUCAUCCAGCUCGCCUCCGUGCUCAACGGGGACCACCAGCUCGCUAGCCUGCAGGACCGGAUCAGGGACGAGAUGAACGUCAGGGAAGGCAUCGACUACAUGAAGGCCGCCGUCAAGCGCUACUUCGAGGCCGGCGCGUCCGCCAGGCGGAUGGGCGUCGACGGCGAGCAGAUCGUCAAGAUGAGGCCAUCCCUCACCACCAGGAUCCAACGCCCAUAG